AUGCUCACACAACAAGCAGCUGCGCCGGAAGAGGCCUAUGGGGACGCUUCUGGUUUUGAGCUGCCCAGCGUCGACGACCUGGAGGUGGCGGCGGCCGCAGCAGCUGCGGCGAUGGAGGCGUUUGCAGGGGAGAGCAGCAGCAGCAGUGACGACGAGGACAGCAGCAGCGGCGACAGCAGCAGCAGUGAAGAGGACGAGGACAUGGAGGACGUCGAGGGCGACGGGCCGCGGCAGGACGGGCAGCAGCAACAGGAGCCGGCCGUCCGUGUCCUGCUGCAGGCCAGCCCCGACGGCGGCGGCGGCAUCCGGUUGUCCAUAUCUGUGGCACCGUCGGCGGCGGUCGCAGCCGCUGCCGCAGGCCCCGAGGUCGAGGAGGACAGCAGCCCGCUGCCAAGCAGCAGCGACGACAGCAGCAGCGACAGCAGCAGCGACGCGGGCGACGACGGCGCCGCGGACGCCGAGGGCCCGCUGGAUUACGAGAAGAUGCGCGGCAUGAUCGACGCGGCCUACGCAGUCAUUGACGAAGAGGAUGACGAGGCCGGCGGCGGCGGUGGGGGCGGCGGCCCGCGCGCGCUGCACGAGUCGCUGGGGCUGCGCGAGGGCGCGCCCUCGCUGGAGGGCGUGCGCGUGGAGGCGUCCGACCCUCUGGUGCACGUAGGCAACGUGACGGCCGUGGUGGAGGACAUGGCGGUGGUGCAGGGGCUGAUCAACAUGCCGGCGCUCGCGGAGGGGUCUGUGUUGCUCCUUGAGGACCGCUGCCCGGUCGGCCGCGUGGAGGAGGUGUUUGGGCCGGUGACGCAGCCGCUCUACGCGUUCCGCUACGAGGCGCAGCAGCUCAAGCCGGCGCCGCAGGGCGGGGCAGCGGGCCCGGACGGUGGGGUCCGACGGUGA